AUGGUUUUUUCCAGAUAGAAGUUGCUGCAUGGCCAAGAAAGUAGAACAGUAAAUCUAUAAAUCCGCGAUGUCAUCAUCUGUGGGCCAGCUGGUGCCGCAGUCCACCCGGGCACCGCCAAACAUGACCAUCAAAUUCAGCGGGCCACACAUUGAGGGCUCUUUCUGCACCUCCAUUGAUUACAACUAUGACCCCAUCAUAAGCGUCAUUUGUGCUAUGUAUAUCGUGUUUGGGAUUGUUUACACAUUAUUUGGUUAUCGAUGUUUUAAAGCCAGCAUGUUUCUGACGGGAUUCACUUUUGGUUCGACAAUAGUGUAUUUGAUAUGUCUCCAGGAUCACCUAAUGCCGCCAUACGGGAAUGUUUGUGUGGCAUUGUGCGCCGGGCUGUUAUUUGGCCUCAUCACCAUGCUGAUACAGUACGUGGGCCUGUUCAUGACGGGCUUCCACACGGGACUACUGCUGGCACUUGCGGGACUUGCCAUCUACGACCAUUUUCUGGACAAUAGGCCUACUACGUAUUGGCUUUGCGUCGUGGCGUUGCUCGGUUCCGGCAUAUUCUUCGCGGUCAUCAAUUUGUACUGGAAAAGAGUUGUGACUAUUUUCGGCACAGCGGUGUACGGCGGCGCGGUGAUCGCCACGGCGCUGGACUACUUCCUCGAGAGGAUGAUGAUGCUCAAGUGGCUAUGGGAGCGCGCGAAGCUGGAGCCGGUGGUGGCGCCGCCGUGCCGCCUGUCGUGGCUGGCGCUCGCGGCCUGGCCGGCGGCCGCGCUGCUCGGCCUGUUCGCGCAGGCCGCGCUCACCGCCUCCGGGAUCUACCAUGAGCAGAGUAUAGGAGCGCAGAAGCGGCGGCUGAAGGCGCAGCAGACGCGGCCGGUGACGCGCGAGCAGCGCGCCGAGAUGAAACAACGCAAAUACCGCUACCUGUACCAGGUGCGCACUGCGCACGGUGACGUCAUAUCCCAGUCGUACGUGCAAGCGCUGCAGAAGAAGGCUCAGUGUGGGAACUGGAGCGGCGGCGGCGAGUGCAGCACGCUGCAGAGCGACUCCACGCACCUCACCGUGUUGGCGCCGUCCGACCACGCGCCGCCCACCGAUUCGGAGGACGACCUCAACCAGAUCCGGCCCGCUCACUAGCCGACGAACGCUGAUGGCAAGCGCACGAGCGAGGUGAGCAAUAAUUUCCCAUUCUAUGUAUCCAGUAUUAUUGUGAAGCACUCAUAUUUAUUAGUGGUUAUAAUUACUAAUCGUAUUUGUAUUUAAUGUGACUUUAUUAUUGUAUUAUCAUAAUCAAUUACAAUUGACAUGUAUAAGUCAAGGUCAAGGUUCAAGAUAUUUUGACUUUGAUAAUAAAAUUGUAUACCUGUUUUAACAAUAUACAUACAGUUCGCUGACCUGACACUGCCAUAGUUUUAUGAUCAGUACGAAAAUAAAAUCAAUGCAACGCAGU